AGAGAGAGAGAAGAGGAAGCAAGCGCUGCGCAUGAUGCCGAUCUCAACGCGCAUGUCCUGAGCUCGAGGCGUCACACCGCCAGCGCGCGCGGUCUCUUCAUCUCAGGUGUACGCGGCUGCAGCGGCAGGCGAGCCUACAGUGAGCGGUACGGGAGGGACAGGGGAGUGGCAGCGGCAAGAAGGGAGGGGGAAAACACAGGGAGAAAGAACAGGAGGGUGGAGGGUAAAAAGAAACUGCGGCAGAAGCGGAAAGCCGGGGGAAGGGAGGACGGAGGGAGCAAAGGGAAGGGGAGUCGGUGCGUUCGGCCGCAAAGGUCUGCCGCGCGUCGAGCGAAUCGCCGCUUCGCGAUCGCAGGCGUCAGCCGCGUUUUCAUGCGUCCCUCGUUCCCAGCUUCCAACGCUCCGGCCCAUGCUGUCUCGAAGGCAGAAAGUAGCAGACGACAGACACUUGGUGCUCUCCACUGUGACGACAAGCUGUGUGCCUGGCAGCCUCCGGCCCCUUCCGUCUCUUCUGUGAGCGUGUGCCUGGGUGGGUUGCUUGGUCAGUUUUUCCCUCAGUCACUCGCCUUCCCACACCCUAGCCAAGCUGAUGGCUCGUGGAGAUGACUACUCUCGUGUUUUACGUUGAUUUCUACUCACCUCGGCUGCUGGACGUAUAAAACCGUGCAGUUCCAAAAGGAUCAAGGGACUGGUGAAAAACUUUGGAUGCAUGUAUGCUGAGUUUGGAGGAUACGCCCAUUUGAAGCGUCCGCAACAGCGCCACCAGAAGUAAAAAGUUUACUCAAGAAGGGCUCACUGGCUGAUGAUGGGCAGGAAGUAAGGAUGCCGAUGAUGUGGACACGUGACUGAAUGAGGUCAGGAGAUGCUGGACCAUACACCUGACUGAGUGUCGCACACAGACAAACGAAUAGAACUGAGACUAGACGACAGCUGGCGGCCAUGAUGCCGUAGUUAGUAUUGAUUGCAGCUUUGGUAAUGCAUCAGUGGGCCACUAAGAUAAUUAUUUUCUAUUCAGAUGGUGUAGACGAGAUGGGCUGUACAGCAGCUACUCUUCCGAGCCUGUGAAUACAGAAGGACGAUGCUGCUGUCGACACCCGCGCCAGCGUCCCGCACGGAGGGCUCCUGUAUCAGGCGCUAGGAGCAGCUGUAGACACUAGACGAGCUUGAGCUGUCGCACGAGAACUGUCAUCAAGAUGGCGGCAUUCGAUCCGGGCGCUGCGCAAGCUUCUAAUUGUGGCCUCUUUAUGCGAGUCGUUCUUUUGGCAUUGCUCGUUGCACGGGAGGGUACAUGCCAACAGCUCCGGCAAGUGGUGUUCGAACUGAUCGAAUCGCAGCCUUCAGGCACCUACGUGGGCGACAUUUCCAAAGCGAGCGGCAUCGAGCGGCAGGUCUCCCCCGCCGAGCUACGAACUUUGCGAUACAAGUUUCUCAACCCCAACAACCUCCAGACCGCCUCCCUCUUCAGCAUCAAUAGCGAGAAUAGCGUCAUCUACACGUCGGCCAUGAUCGACCGCGAGAGCAUCUGCAAGCUCGACGAGGUCUGUAUCAUCUCCUUUGAUGUCACCGUCACUUCAACAAAGACGCCCUUCUUCGAAAUCCUGAAUGUCCGCAUCAAAAUCAAAGACAUCAAUGAUAACGCCCCGAGAUUCCCGACGGACGAGGUGACGUUGUUCAUCAGCGAAGACGCCAACGUCAAGUCUGAGUACAAGAUCAACGGCGCAACGGACUCGGACAGAGGGACAGGAAACUCCGUGGAGCGCUACGACAUGCAGUCCGACUACGAUACCUUCAGCCUGGAUGUGGACCGCAACCUGGACGGCACCUGGAGUCUAAAGAUCGUCACGAACAGCCAGCUGGACCGCGAGAGACGGGACCACUACCGCUUCCUCAUCGUGGCCAAGGAUGGAGGAACUCCCCCGCUGUCAGGCACUCUGACAGUCAAUGUCAACGUCACGGACGCCAACGAUAAUUCACCAGUGUUCACGCAGAAUGUCUAUGAUGUCUCGGUGCAGGAGCAUGCGCUGGUGGGGUCAGUAGUGGGCCACGUUCUUGCCAAAGACCGGGAUGCGGGCCAAAAUGCCAAGAUCACCUACCGCUUCAGCUCGCGGCGUGCCAGCAAGGUUGGCGACCUCUUUUUCAUCGAUUCUCAGUCCGGGGAGAUUAAGGUCAAAGACAGACUGGAGUACGAAUCCGGCAGCAGCUUCGAGGCGAUCGUGGAGGCUUCAGACCGUGGUAACCCACCGCAAGUGGCGCAGGCCAUCCUGAUCUUGCGGAUCCUCGACGCCGGAAAUGACCCCCCGAAAAUCGAGAUCAAUCCGGUGACAGACCGAACUGGCAGUACCAUGACCCUGUCGGAAGGCGCGGAGAUUGGACUGGUCGUGGCGCACGUUCAGACAACAGACAAAGACCAGGGACUGAACGGUGUCGUCGAGUGCCGAAGCUUAGACGAAAGCUUCCGCGUGGAAAGAUUUGAAGGGAGGGGUUAUCUUGUACGAGUGGCCAAGGCCCUGGACCGAGAAGCCAAGCAAGAGCACAAUGUCACUGUCGAGUGCCAAGACUCUGGGAGCCCCCCGUUGCCAGCCACUUCCAGCUUUCAAAUCCGACUGCUGGACGAGAAUGACAACAAUCCGCGGUUUGAGAAGCAGAUUUACCGAGGAAACCUGACAGAGGACAACAAGAUCGGAGAGUUCGUGCUGCGCGUGACUGCCCGGGACAUGGACCACGGGAUCAACGCCAUGCUCAUCUAUUCAAUCUCACUGGAAGAGCAAGACUCGAUGUUCCAGAUCCACCACGAGACGGGGGAGAUAACAGCUGCCGCUGUCUUUGACCGCGAGACUCUGUCGCAAGUUCAGUUCAUGGUCAAAGCCGUGGACGAGGGCGUGCCACCUCGAACGGGCAGCGCCUCCGUCAUUAUCGACAUCGUGGACAAGAACGACAACGCACCUUACUUUAAAUCGUCGCUGGAGUUCGAAAUUCCUGAGAAGCUGGAGGGAGGUACCAAAGUGGGACAGCUAGAGGCUGGGGACGACGACGAAGGUCGCAACGCCGAAGUUCAGUUCAUGGAGUUGACGACCGACUCCAGGCUGUUGCAGGUUCCUUUCGUCGUGCUGUCUGAUGGAACUAUUAAUACGGACCGCAUGCUCAUUAAGGCGGAGCGCGAAACUUACGAGAUGAUUGUGGUGGCCAAGGACGGGGGUAAUCCUCCCCUGAACACCACGGCCAUGGUGAGGAUACGAGUCAUUGACUCCAACGACAACCCACCCAUUAUUGAGUUUCCCAACCGGAGAACAACACUGUCGUUAUAACCUCGGACACAAAACCAGGCGAGGUUGUCAC